AUGGAAGACAAGAAAAAGAAGAAAGAAGAAAAAAAGAAAAAGGAAACUUCUCAGAAGGUCCCAGAGCAGAACGUCAAAGUGCCAGAAUCAAACAAGUCCUCCUGUUCCCAGCAACCCACCAUCCCAGCCUCAGUCUCCCCCAGCCCUGGCCCUGUGGCCCCUUCUUCCCCAAGUCCUACUGCCACUGGGCUCUCUGCAUCUGUUCCUCCUGGUGGUGGGAACAAUGCAAAGCAGCGGACUGCUGUGGCCAACGGACAGCCCUCCUCCCUUUCUGGAAACCAAACUUCCCAGCAGCAGCGAUACAUGUCCAGAGAGGUUCCCCCAAGAUUUCGCUGCCAGCAGGACCACAAAGUGCUACUGAAGAGGGGGCAGCCUCCACUGUCCUCCAUGCUGCUUGGGGGAGGUGGGGGAGAUGAGAGUACAGGUGGGGUUGGGGGAGGCAGUGGCUGGGGUGCCACACCAUCUCUUUCCUCGCAGGAAGCAGAAAACACCAAUGCAAACACAGACACAGAUUCAAAUUUGGGUUCAUCCUCUCCUUCACCACCAAACACAUCAUCCUCAUUAUGUGUCACUACUCUGUCAUCGUCUUCAACUUCUACCAAUUCAACUUAUGCAAAUUCCACAUGGGGGGCAGGGUCCGUCAACCUGUCCUCCUCUCAGGGUUGUGACAAGAUCAUUGUGGAUGGGACUGAUCUGGACAGCUGGCCUAGCAUCGUAGGUGCAGCCAAAUUAAGUUCUGAUGGUUCUGGAGGAGUGCAGGAGCAAGAUCGCCCUGGUAACAAAAACAGUAGUGCCUCAUGUCGUGAGAACCUCCAGCAGAGAGGAGGAGCAGUUGAAGGAACAGCAGGGAAAGUGGACAAUCCCACUCAGCCUUGUUCUUCAACUCCUUCCUCUUUUUCAUCACAAAAUGAAUGUGUUCAGACAGGUGGUGUCAUGUGGAGUUCCUCCACUUCCUGUCGAAUGGAGGCAGGAUUGGGAUCAGCAGCAUUUUAUAAUUCCAAAGUCUCCCAUCUGCUUCCAGGACCCCAAGACAGUCCCGCAGAUGGCAACAGCAAUCUCCCUGGUGCCACCUUAAACCCCAAUGUGAAUCCCUCGGCCUGGCCAACGCUAGUUCAGGGGAAUACAUCAACUUCAGCUACUUCUUUACAUUUGUCCCCACUUCCUGUCAGUCCCACCUCUCUCUCUCAUGAACACAUUGAGACAGCAGAAUUAGACAUGGGUACAGAACAACAACAUCCCUUGAAAAACACAGAGCGCAGGCUGGGUUCAAGUGAAGAGGCACAAGAAGUGGGACCAAGACCAAAUCGAGAAGAUGGUGACAGGGGAGCUGUGUCUGAUGCUGAAGGAGAAAGCAGUGUGAAUAGAUCUGUCCCUUUGUCUUCAUCUUCUGCUGCCUCUUCUUCUUGGAAACCGUUGACUACAGUGCCCUCUGCUCAUGUAACGGGUGGUUCACAGGAAGAUCAAUGGAGUGGAGGACAGACUGGGGCCCAUGAACGAGAAGUGAAUCUGGGGGACUGUGGUAACCAGGGUGACAAUACAGGGUGGGGAAAAGGAAGGGAUGAUGAUGGUGCAAAUAUCCAAAAGGUAUCUCAGGGAGCGUGGAAAGAUAGGAGCUCAGAACUUGGCUGUGGGGAUACAGACGAAUGUGUAAGUUCAAAUAAAUUAGCAAUAGCAAGUGCAACAGUGGGUUGUGGGAGCAAAAACAACAGCAGUAGGGAUGGAGCUAUUGAAAGUGAUGGCGGGAGUUCUAUACAAGAUUCUGCGUCACCAAAGUCUGCAACAAUGGAAAAUGCUUGGGACAAUCAGAAAGGGAUAGAGAGUGGGUGUACAGCAGAACAACAAGGAGAAAGCACCGGAGGGGAUGGACCUACCUCUGGCGGUGAUGGUACAGAAAAUGGUGGAGAGGGGAGAGGUACUGAACAGAAAAAGGAAAUUGUCACCCUCUCCAACCAGACCUCCAAUGCGGAAGUGGCCUUACUUGGCAUGCUGAAUCGAUCUGACCUGGAUCCAAGGGUUCUAUCUAACACUGGUUGGGGGCAGACACAAAUUCGCCAGAAUGUGGCCUGGGAUCUGAACACCUCCAAACAGGGAGGAAACCGAAAUGAAAAAACAACAUCUUCCAUGUUCUCAUCAGGAACAUUAAAUACCAAUAGUGGGUACCUCACUACUUCAAGGAUAAAUACUACCGACGAGUCUGUUGGCAGCCAAACUGACAGCAUGAACUCUAACCCUGCUUCAGCGAGGGACACAUGGGAUAGUGGUACCUUACAAGCUACUUGUGGUUCUCACAUUUCUGAUGGCAUCAUACAACAGCCAAGAAUGCCAGAUAUAGAGGGCAGUCAAGGAAAUACUGCACGAAGUUGGGGUGAUCCUCCAACUGAGAACCUUGGCAAAGGAUGGACUGAAGAACACCAUUGGGGGGAGCAAAGAGGAGGGAACUGGAGGGAGAAAGGACAACAGAGCACUGGCUGGACAGUAAGCCCAGAGGAUAAAGGGACGGGGGGUUGGAAAGGAACUGAAAGGGGGAAGGUUGGUGGUUGGGGAGACUGGGCACAGAGUGAUUCCAAACCUGGAGCUGGGUGGGGAGAUGCUCGAAUCAGAGGCACAAGCAGCUCUGAUGAAGGAUCCUCGUGGGGUAACCCAGAUGAUUGUGCAUCUCAGCGGGGAGGAUGGGGUGGAGGAGAUGUCGCUAAGUCUCGCCAUGACUGGGGAGGUUCCAAGCAUCACACAGCAGCACCAUCACCAGACAACCAAGUGGCCACAAUGAAAAACCAACCACCAGGAGGAACUUUACUACAAGGAGGCUGGGACAGUCGGCCAAAUAUUUUAGGUGGCGGCCCACCAUCCAAGAUUCAAAACCAAAGUUCGGGCUGGGUAUCAGGCCCAAUCCCCCAAAUUUCAGGCGAUGACUCUGUAGAACCCAGUGGCUGGGAUGAGCCCUCUCCUCAGUCUAUUAGCCGCAAAAUGGAAAUUGACGAUGGGACUUCAGCCUGGGGAGAUCCCACCAAUUACAAUGGCAAAAAUGUGAAUUUAUGGGACAAAAAUAGAGCCCCGUCCAACGAAAGCCCUAAUCAGCAGGCCCCAGCAAUGCCACUGCAGCAGCAGCCACUGAGACGACACAGGGAUGCGAAUUCUGGAAAUGCAGCAGUUGGUAUGUGGGGAGGAGGUACACAAUCUGUUGAUAAUGGGUCAGGUGCUUGGAACCAACCUUCAGAUACGGCAUCAGGAUGGGGUGACUCAGAUGAUCCGAAAAUGUCUGGCUGGGGUUGCAUGUCACCCAACCCUGGUAAAAGUACCAAGUCGAUGGAGACCUGGGGUGCAAAGGGAGAGGGCUCAAUAGCAGCCUCCCGUCAUCCCAGCUGGGAAGAGGAAGAUGAUAGUGGAGUAGGGAUCUGGAAUAGCACUGGUUCCCAAGGGAGUAGUUCCUCCUUUAACUCUGGAGGCUGGAGUCAUGGAGGAAGGCGGGGCAACUUGAAGGUGGGGAGUGGAGACAGCUGGCUGAAUCCAAUAUCACGGCAGUUUUCAAACAUGGGUCCUCUGGGUGAGGACACCAGCCUAGAUAAGAAAGACGGAGACAAGAGAGGGAUUGCUGAUUACAAUGGGGAGUCGCGGAGAGGAGGAGGAGGAAGAAGUGGAGGAGGUUACCGCAUGUCUAAUUCCAAAGACAUGGGUCCUGUUGACAUGAGCACUUACGGUGAAAAAAUGGGUAGCCAUGGAAUGUAUGUUGGCAGCGGUGGUGGGAUGCAUCAGCCCCGGGGGAUACACCAACCUAGUGUGCAUCCAAUGAACCCAUCUCAGGGGCUUCGUGCUCAAGUGCCUCAUCCAUUCCUGUCUGCACAGGUGCCGGGUCCUAUGCUGAAGCAGAUGCCGUCUCCUGGUGGCAGUGUGGUUGGAGGUGUAGGAGGUGUUGGUUCCGUUGGUGGGGCUGGCGGUGUUGGUGGAGGAGUGUUCCCUCAGAUUUCCCCACAACAAUUAGCUGUGCUAAGCAACAUCUACCCCCACAUGCAGCAAUUCCAUCUGGCCUGCCAGCUUUUGCUACAACAACAACAACAGCAGCAGCAACAACAACAACAGCAGCUUCUGCAAAACCAGCGUAAAUUCCCACAGCCACAGCCACUCAGACAGCAGCUAGACCCACAGCAGUUGGCAAGGAUUGUGGCAAUUCUCCAGCAACAACGACAUCAACAGGGUGGAGCAGCUACAGGGAGUUCAAAAUUAUCCCCCUCUCAUCUUGGAGGAAGUCUGUCAAAGCAGCCAAUGGUUGAUUCCUAUCCACCACCUGGAGUGGGAGGCCAUGUAUCAGAUCCACAUUCCAAAAUGCAAGGGAUGUACUCUGGAUUGGAACUUGGAAGUCCCAUGAUGGGAGGGAUGAAAGACAUUGGAGGACAGCAGUCACGCUUCAAAUGGAUGAUGGAGGGACAUUCCCCAGCACCAUCUCCACCUGACUCAACCCUUCUCAAGAACGGCUCCACAGAAAACUGGCAGCGUACCCCUGGAAGUAAAAUGGGGAACAAGCCUUCCUUAUCCAGUUGGCCUCCAGAGUUCCAGCCUGGUGUGCCCUGGAACGGAAUGCAGAAUAGCGGUGACCUUGAUUCUGACCCUUACAUCACCCCCAGUAGUGUUCUUGGAUCCCCAGGACCCCCAACCCUCAAUGAUUCUGACCAUCAGUUAUUGCGAGAUAACAUAGGGCCAAAUCCUGCCCUCAACACCUCACUGCCUUCACAUGGUGCCUGGCCCUACAGUGCCUCAGACAGCCCACUCGGCAAAGCACACAAUACAGCAAAGUACUCAGAAUACAAGUCCAGCUGGCCCCCUGAGCCCAUCGGACAAAGUAAGUCGUGGAAGGCCAAUCGCAACAGCUCACAGCCGCCACGCCCCCCUCCCGGCUUAACAAAUCAGAAGCAGGGCGCACCCUCUCCUUGGGGAAGCGUAGGCCCACGGAUAGCCCGGGGCUGGGGAGCGGGUGGUGGUAAACACGACUCAAGAUUUGGGCCAGGCACAGCUUGGAGUGAUGGUGUGGCAUCGAGAGGCAGUUCCUGGUUGCUGUUGAGCAACCUGACACCGCAAAUAGAUGGCUCCACACUCAAAACGAUCUGCAUGCAGCAUGGUCCCCUGCUGACCUUUCACCUUGGCCUUACCCAGGGCAGCGCUCUGAUUCGCUACAGCAGCCGUCUUGAAGCAGCCAAGGCCCAGGGUGCACUGCACAUGUGUGUACUGGGCAACACCACAAUCCUGGCAGAGUUCCUGAGCGAAGAAGAAGUUGCUCACUAUUUUGCACAUUGCCAGGCUGCAGCUUCUGAUGAAACUAGCACAGGAGGAGGAGCAGCAGCAGCAGGAGCAGCUGCUGGUAUGCAGGUUUCACCUGGAGCAGGCAGCGUAGUGACCCAAGGUGGAGCUAGCUCUCCAAGAAGUGAAGGGGCAGUAGUGAGCACCACUUCGGGUGGAGAUGGAAGUGGAAGUGGAGUAGAAAGCGCAUCUGUUGGUCCGAGUGGUGUAAUGUCCCCCGGUUCUGGUUGGCAGAGUCUGGAAGGUACAGGUAGCUGUUCAGAAACCACCUCAGCCCAAGCGCCCGGGCUGGGGAUUUUUUCCCAAUGGAGUGCCAAUGGGUCAGGAGGGGUGGGGACUGGAACAGAACAUGGCAGGUCUGGACUUUGGGGGGGCAUGGCUGCAGGAUACCAUGGUAGCGGCCUGUGGGGGGCACCACAAAUUGAGGAACGGCACCAAAUGGACAGUCCCGCUGCUUUGUUGCCGGGUGAUUUGCUGGGUGGUGGAGCUGAUUCGAUCUGA